AGUGCAUUUUUUAUUGGCCAACAUGUUUUGUUUUCGGCCCUAGUGUUUGUGGAGAUGGUGUAAAGGGAAUGAUUAUCAUGGUACUAAAAAUGGAUUUAUUUUGAGAAACAUUUAAUCUACAGAGGAGAGCCAUGGAUGUCCUGGGAGAUGCAGAGGGGGAGAGUGUCAAAUACAAGCCCGGCGGGCGCUUGGACAUGAGCCACGGCUUCCUGAAGCACAUCAGGAGGAAUCAGAUCGCCAGGGAUGAUUAUGACAGAGAGGUAAAACAGGCUAAGGAGAAACAGAAGCGCAGACCCACCAACACUCCUCGGCGUCCACGAAGACCUGACCGUCAGGUCUACCACCCACGCCACCAGAAUGGAUCUGAACCCGGUGUGAAUGCAGAGGACUGGAAUGAGAGCAGCUCUGACACAGAGCAGGAAAACACUGGCACAGAGCUAUUUUGGCUCGAUUAUCAAGCUGACAACGGCCAAAUAACAUCAUUCAUUGUUCAUAAGGAGGACAAGCCAGAAGUUAUUGUGGAACGCGUGGCAGAAAAGAACGUUCUGGACUCGGCCAUGAGGGCGGCGCUGUUGGCACGUGUGGGACAAGAAAUGGACAAACGCUGUGACAAAUGCUGAGAGGCAUUUUUAAAUAAAAGUGGAGAUAAAUAAAGUAAAUGAAUAAAUAAAACAAGGCACUGAGACAUCGCUGAGCCAGAGAUGAAUCUGAACUGCAUUUCUGUUUGAUGGCACCAGGCAUACAGCAUUCACAGAUGUCUUGGAGAGUCAUGUAUACUUAUAUGUGAAUACUGGAACCGAAAGAGAAAUGACACUGUUAAGCAUGAAAUCAAUCCUGUUUGAUUUAUAAUAGGAUUUUUUCUUUCAACUGGAAAUUGAAAUCCUUCUCACUCCUCCCUUCACGUUUGUGAAAGAUGUUGGGCAAAUGUUGUGCAGCUUGGCCAUGGCACUCUUUACAGCAGAGGUGACUUACUGGCACUCGUGUUUUAAUGGGAUUUUAUAACUGCAAGAUGUACAUUGCUUCAGUCCCAUGAUUCUGUCUCUAAUAGGCUUCCAGAAAAGAGUGUAUAUGGUUUAGGCUAAAUCUCCACAGUAAUCAGGUCAAAAAUUAAACCAAACAUCGAAUGCUUGCAAGUCUGUUUAGUCUAAUAGAAGGUUUGAAGGCGUCAACUUAUUGCAGUGAUGUAGAUGCUAGUGAAAAUAGCUGAGGAAGUUCAAGCAAAGUUUAAAGAAUACUAAUAAGGUCCAUAUUGCUCUGAUAUGUAUAUCCAUGCAUUUGGAUAUCUGCCUUUUCCCUUAAUCUUCAUAAAUAUUUAUAUUGAUAUACUUACAUAAAUAUCAUCUUCUCCUCUGUUGGUGCUCAUGAUGUUGUUGAAUCAAAAAAGGACUGAUAUGUGUCUUUUUUUCUGUCUCUCUGUCUGUUUUUUUUCUGUUAUUCAUUGUACAGGUAGAUUUUUAUUUUUGUAACUGUAUUCCAACUGUGUACUGUUGUGUUAUUGUAGAGACUACAGCAUGAAUUCAGAAUGCAGGAUGAAUUGUUUGUUUCUUUCAUACAGACAGAUGAUGGCAGUGUGCACUAUGUUUACAUUGUGCAAAAAUACAUUUUCCUUUGACUGCU